UCUGUUCUGCUGGCUGUGUGUGGCUGUCGAAUAGUGAAUCUGCGUCAGUGCAUUGUGUUGAUUUAACAUUUUGAGACAAAUUCUAAGUUGUUUACCUAAUUGUGUUUAUCUGAUUUUAACUUACCUUGAUAAAUCUUUUAUAUUAAUACUUUCCUAAUCCAUGGGGCGAUUUGAUAGAAGAAGCAGAGAAAGAUCGAGGGACCGUGACCGGAGAAGGAGUCGCAGUAGAGACCGCUUCCGAGAUGACAGAAGAGGUGGAGGGGGUAGAGGAGGAGACCGUGGUGGUUUUGGCGGGGCUCGACGAGGACAAAAUGCUGGCGAGAAAUUGCGGAAACCAAGAUGGGACAUGAGCAGACUGGAACCAUUCAAGAAAGAUUUCUAUGUACCCCAUAUAAAUGUAGCAAAUAGGCCUCAAUCUGAGAUCGAUGCUUACAGAGAGAGCAAGGAAAUCACUCUGGUAGGCAACAACAUUCCAAACCCAAUAUUCGGUUUUGAAGAAGCUGGGUUCCCGGAUUAUGUAUUGUCAGAGAUCAAACGUCUAGGGUUUGAGUACCCUACAGCUAUCCAGGCGCAGGGCUGGCCUAUUGCUCUUAGCGGAAGAGACUUGGUGGGGAUCGCCUCUACGGGAUCUGGAAAAACGUUAUCGUAUAUUCUGCCGGCUAUUGUGCAUAUCAACAACCAGGGCCGCCUGUGCCGCGGGGACGGGCCGAUCGCUCUGAUACUGGCGCCCACACGAGAGCUGGCCCAGCAGAUACAACAGGUGGCCAACGAAGUGGGCGAGACUUCUCACAUACGCAAUACCUGCGUGUUUGGAGGCGCUCCCAAGUCUGGACAGGCCCGUGAGCUGGACAAGGGAGUGGAGAUAGUGAUUGCUACGCCCGGCCGUCUCCUGGACUUUCUGGAAUCUGGACGCACCAACCUCAAGAGAUGCACGUACCUCGUGUUGGACGAGGCUGACAGAAUGCUUGACAUGGGAUUUGAGCCUCAGAUACGCAAGAUUGUAGAACAGAUCAGGCCCGACAGACAAGUGCUGAUGUGGUCGGCCACGUGGCCGAAGGAGGUGCGAAACUUGGCCUGUUCCUUCCUCAAGGACUACAUACAGAUCAACGUAGGCUCUCUGUCACUGUCCGCCAAUCACAACAUCCUGCAGAUAGUGGACAUCUGCCAGGACUACGAGAAGGAGAACAAGCUCAGCACAUUGCUCAGAGAAAUCACCGGGGAAGCCGAUAGCAAGACGAUAAUCUUCAUAGAAACAAAGAAAAGAGUGGACGAUGUGACGAGAAAAUUAAGAAGAGAAGGGUUCCAAGCAGCUUGUAUUCAUGGAGAUAAGUCACAACCAGAGCGCGAUCUCGUUUUGCAAGAUUUCCGUUCUGGCAGAACUCCCGUCCUGGUAGCUACUGAUGUCGCUGCUCGUGGAUUGGAUGUGGAAGACGUAAAAUUCGUCAUCAACUUUGACUACCCCAACAACUCGGAGGACUAUGUGCACCGUAUCGGCCGCACGGGCAGGUCGGGUGCCACAGGUACGGCAUACACGUUCUUCACACCCGGCAACUCCAAGCAAGCCAAUGAUCUCAUUUCUGUGCUCAAGGAGGCCAACCAGAUAGUGUCGCCCAAGCUGAUCGAACUCGCCGACAGCUUCAGGAACGGCCGAGGCGGUGGUGGAGGGAGAAAUCGCUGGGGCCGCAACCGAGGAGGAGGAUUCAGAAACAACUCUCCGUCCCCCAAGAGAAGCAGGUCCAGGUCACGAGAGCGGGAUAGAGACCGCGACAAUCGUAGAGGUCGUGAUCGCAACCGUCAUCGCAGGUCACGCAGUUCCAGCAGCUCAAGAUCACGGUCUAGGUCACGCUCACGAUCUCGUGAUCGCGACCGUUCCAACAAACCCAGCAGUUAUAGUUCCAAGCCUGCAGCUGAGAAGCCUAACGUGAGCUCUAAUAGCUCUAAUGCUCAACCCGUGCCCCCCAUGGGCCCCCAGUUGCCCCCCAAUAUGAUGUCACAACUGCCACCCUCGCUGUUCUUCUGUCCUCCUCCACCUCCGCCCCCUGAGCCCUCCCAACAGCCGCAGCAGCUAAAUGGAUUUUCGUAUCAACCUAUUCGAUAGAUGGUAAAAUGUUAAAUUCAGGAUAUCAAGAAAGAAGAGUGGAUAUGUGUAAAGUUAUUUCCUUUUACAUCAAUAAACCCAACAAGUGGAUUUUGUAAAUACUUUGAUUUUAGCAGUUAAUAUAUUGAUAAAAGUUUGUGAUUAUUUUAAAUAAAUUGAGUCUU